AGAAAACAAAGUAGAACCAUCCAGCAGCACGACUUCGACCACGAGGCCUGCGCGAGCAGCGCCACCACCGCAACCUUAGGUACUAACUAACAUAACAGGUAAUAUAACAAUUCAGUGGUCCAAAAUCGACAUCGACAAUAUUUUCGCGUCCGUAUCGCCUUAUUUCUGUCGUGUCUAAGCUACAAUAGUGAUCAGUCAAAGAAGCAACUCGGUACCCAAUUCUCGAGGCAACAUCCAAUCAAUCUCUCCGUGCUCUGCAUUCUCGGCUUCAAGGCACAAGGCAUUGCCUAGGUCUAGACAGAAUGUCUCUCACCAUGGCAAAGACAGCCCUCACCACCCCUAAAAAAUCAACACCCGCGACACCUCCAGUCACCGACAGCCCUGGUACGUGGCGACACCCGCGUCUGCCAGAAAUCAUCCGACGGCAAGAUGCCACAAACUUCACCGAGAAGAACGUGAAGCGCAUCGCCAUCAAUGUCCUCGUGUUCAUAACCAUCGUCUUCACCCAUAACAUGCUCUCGUUGAUGGUGCCGAAGAAAUGGUUUAGUUACCUCGUGUGGUACUACGCGCGAUACGCAUACUGGGCGAUCCUCUUCCUGCCAAUCUUCAACAUCGGCACCAACCUACUCCCUCUCUUCAGACAGAAGGAUGACCUCUCCGACAUCCCUCUUACACCCGGCCAACGACGACUGCUGGGCCUACCACCUACCAACGCGCCGCCCACGCCAGGCUCCGCGUACAGCACACCUCCACGCUACGCCCGAACUCCUUCGAUCGGAUCUGCGGGCAGCAGACGCAGCUUCUCGGGCUCCCCUGCCUCUAACAACGGCAGCCCUACCCGAGGAAGUGGGAACGGAAGCGGACCUUUUGGGGGAAUUGGAUCACCUAACAGUCCUCUGUUGCACAAGGCUAUGAACGGCGCCCGCCGCUCCUCGAUAGGAUCGCUUGGAUCGGGUAGCCCCUUGAGCACUAGCAUUUUGGGUGCCAGUACAGGAUCGUUUUAUGGAGGUGUCCCGGACAGCCCGAGUCCAGCAUCAGGAGGGAAGAGAAGUACUGUUGGCCUGAACAGCAAGUGGCUCUACGAGCGAGGACGAGAUCGGAGAAGCUCGUCUGGAAAUGCUUGGUUAUACACCUGAAGCUAGUAUACGCAGUGUAUGAUAUAGGAUACGUACAAGCCUUGGUACGUUUAUGGGAAUCACCUGCAUUCAUGAUGAUCAUUAUAGACACAAUACGAACGAAAUUAAUACAACACGGAAUAUUCUCGGUG